CUCAUUCCCGCCCGGAGGGGUCCCCGAGGUAGACAGCCCCCAGGGACCUUCCCCAGGGCUAGAGAGGAGGGCGAAGUUCAGGGUCAGGAAGCCGUCUCGGUGUCUGGGGUCCAGGCACCUCCAUCCCAGAGACAGAAGGGCAGCCCCACGGGGGUUGAGGGAUUGGAGACUGUCCAGCCAGGGUCACCUUGGGUCACUGAGACGGGGCAGGGGAAGGGGCACGUCUGGGUCGGGGACACAGACCCUGAGGAUGACCGCGGGGGGCAGGAGGCUCCUUUCUGUUCUGGGGCCUCCUCCCUAGGCUCUUCCUGGGGACCCACGGACACUCUGGCCGGCACCAGCGUGACCAGCGGGCGCUCAGAGGAAGCCCAGCAGCCUGUCCCAGCAAGGCUAGUGGAAGGUCAUCACCCAAGGCUGGUCACCUGCUGGAUACUGGGGCCCCGCCCCCAUGGCCAAAUGCCCCCCGGGGCAUGCUGGGACAGGCCAGGGCUCCCCACAGCCAGGUCGGCCUGUCCGGAGGAAAGUUGGAGGGUAAGGCCGAGCCAGCUGAGCAGGAGAUGCCUGGAGACGUGAAGGAAAGCCACUUCUGGGGCUGAAAAUCCACGCACGGGGAUCCUGCUGCUUCGUGCCCCUCGCCGAUCCAGAGCGCGUUGGGCGGAAGGAAUGUGACCCCAUGUCGUAGAGGUGCCUCGGGCGUCAAUUUAAAAGCGGGGACGGUGGGGCUGCGACGAUUUGGCCCUGGAGGAAGCAGCCAGCUGCUGUCUGCAUCCUGCUUAGUGGCCUCAGGACGGAGAUGCCGGCCCAGUGCUGAGCCAGGUCGGAGGGGUGCUGGCGGGCGGGCAGGGGGUGAAGACCCCGGCCCUGCUGCUCACGCGCCCUGCUGACCGAAAUGGAGAACUUCCAGUACAGUGUCCAGCUGAGUGACCAGGACUGGGCUGAGUUCUCAGCCACGGCCGAGGAGUGUGGUCUCCUGCAGGCCAGCCUGGCCUCUGGGGACGAGCUGCUGUCCAGUGACAUUGACCAAGGGGACAGCAGCGGCAGCAGUCCCCCCGGGCCCCGGCCCCUGCUUGGGGGGAGUGGCUGGCCUGGCUUUGAGGAGGAGGACCAGGCGGCCACGAAGCAGCUGGUCAGCAGGUCUUGGCAGGAGCCCGCCCUGGCCCUGGGGGCUGGUCAGCAGACGCCCAGCACGUCAGCGCAGUCAGAAGCCCGGCCGUCCCUCAGCUCCGGCGCCGCCUCUCCCGGCCAGAGCGCCCCCCGCCAAGCGCCUUCCGAAGACGAGAUGCAGAGGCUUCUGCAGGGGCCAGCGCCCCGGGACCCUGCCCCCCGGCCCCCCGGUGAGCCUCCUCCGAGCCCCGAGUCCCCGGCCCGCAGCCCUCUGCCCCAGAGGCCCCCGGGCAGCCCUGGAGCCCCGCCCCGAAGCCCCAGCCGAAAGAAGAGGCGCGCUGCCGGUGCCAAGGGGGGUGGGCGCUCGAGUGCCGCGGGCUCUGCUCCCACCCCCCCACUGGGCUCCCCGCUGCUCUCUGCGGCCAGGCCCGAUGAGGUCCGAGGCCCCGCUGGGUCCAGGGGGAAGGGCCCCUCAGCUGGGUCGGCCGAGCGGACAUCAGGAGCCAGGCAGGAUGAGCGGGGCCUGGAGUCUGCAGGGGCCCCUGAGCAGGUGGCCCGGCCAGGACUAGAUCUGUCUACACCUGUCCUCACUACUGAGCAAGGGUCGGACCCACUCAGCAUGACCCCCAGAGCUGGGCCACACGCUGUGGCCACACCUGCCCCAGAGCCUGGUCCAGAUUUCUCAAUGGCUAAGUCAGACCCGGCUCUGUCUACACCCACCUCCAAGCCUCAUCCUGACACGGCUCCGUGUACACCCACCGCCAAGCCUCAUCCUGACACGGCUCCGUCUACACCUGCCUGCAAGCCUCAUCCUGACACGGCUCCAUCUACACCCGCCUCCAAACCUCAUCCUGUCAUGGCUCCGUCUACACCUGCCUGCGAGCCUCAUCCUGACACGGCUCCGUCUAUACCUGUCUCCGAGCCUCAUCCUGACACGACUCCAUGUACACCCACCUCCAAGCCUCAUCCUGACACGGCUGCGUCUACAUCCGCCUCUGAGCCUCAUCCUGACACGGCUCCGUCUACACCCACCUCUAAGCCUCAUCCUGACACGACUCCGUGUACACCCACCUGCCAGCCUAGACUGGAUGUGGCCCUGCCCCCGCCGGGCAGAAAGGUCGAGCUGCAGGUGGACUCAUCGGCACCUGCCUUGAAGGCGGAGUGUGAUGUGGGUGCACCCACCCUGGCCCCCGUUCCCCAGGCUGGGCCUGACGCGGUCGAGGCCAAGGGUGCCCCACAGGCCAAGUUGGAUUUGGGCUCUGUGGUGUCUUCAGGGGGACACCAAGAGAAGCCCAGAGGGGAGCCCUCUGCAGGUGCCCCUGGACACCCCUCGGGGGAGCCCCCGCCAGGGCCUGUCCCAGCCAAGAAGAAGAAAGUGCGGUUCUCUGUGUCUGAGCCCAGCCCCAAGGAGCCAGGGUCAGAAGAGGCCACGCGCCCCCUCUCACCAGCCACAGGCUGGCCCUCAGCACCCAGGACAGCCACAGGGGGCCGCGGGGGGCCUGGAGCUUGGGACGCAGUGGCGGUUGGGCCCAGGCUCCCCCAGCCUCGGAUCCUGAAGCACCUGCCCCCCCCUGCCGCCUCUGCCGCCGGGGGGCCUGGGUAUAAGAGCUGUUUUGCCGUGACCGUCCCCGAGGCCUACGAGUUCUUUUUCUGUGACACCAUCGAGGAGGAGGACGAAGAGGCUGAGGAGGCAGAGGCUGGCGAGGCCCAAGUGCAGUGGCCAGAAGUGUGUGAGUUCUUCUUCCGGGACAGCCGGGCCAAGAGGUCUGGGCCCCAGGGGGGCCACUCCCCGGCCCCAGCCCCAGAGGACAAGCCUGUGCCAGCCGCUCUGCCCGGAGACCCCAUGCCCAUCUCCUUCCCCGAAGCCUAUGAACACUUCCUCGGGGCGGACAGGCUGGAGGGCAGGCUGGGGCCGGCUGCCCCCCUCCCGCUGCAGGCCCGGGAGGCCCCCACGCCGGGGCCCCAGGGGGUGCAGCCUGGCCCUGCGCCGGAGCCCAGCCCAGUGGCCACAGAGCAGCUCGACCUGGUGCUCCGGCAAGCAGGGGAGCCCUGGGGUCCCCUCACCUCGUUUCCCUUCAGCCAGAAGGACAUGUGCCUGGUGUUUGUAGCCUUUGCCACCUGGGCUGUGAGAACCUCAGAUCUGCACACCCCAGACGCCUGGAAAACAGUCCUGCUGGCCAACAUCGGCACCAUCUCGGCCAUCCGCUACUUCCGCCGGCAGGUGAGGCUGGGACGCCGCAGCCCCAGCCCCUAGGAGCCAGGCUCAGCCCAGGAAGACGCAGGACCAGGAAACGGCCACAGGCGCUCAGGCCGAGGUGCUGCCCUCUGGCCUCGCCCUUUGGCCUUUGUGUUCCACGGCAGCAUCUAGAAGGAGCCAGUGUCCUCGGUCCUGGCUUUUUCGGACUCCACCCGAGCGAGGCUCAGGCCAGUGGCCGAAGCCCAGGCUGUGCCCACACCUGGGAGGGGAGACGGGAGGGUGGGUGGCUGGGGCCCAGCAGGGAAUGGGUAGGAAGGUGGCCAGGUUAGCAAAUGAGCAGGGUGUCCAGGAAAGCUGGACGUUCAGACAGGCAGUGUGUGAGAGUGCUUAUCCUAAGAAAUUACUUGUGGUUUCUCCAAAAUCAAAUGUAACCGGGCGUUGGUAUUUUGUCAGGUAAUCGAGUUAGAGGGUGAGUGGUGGGAUGGAGCAGGAAAUCAGAGGGAGUCCGAGCACCUGGAGACUGGGCAGGGGCGGGCUGGGUGGCAGGGCCUCCUUGGCCUGUUCGAGCCCUGAACCCCUGUGGCCAAGGUCUCCUGGCUGCUGCCCGAGACCAGAGCAGGUACCUGGAGGGGCUGCAGGAAGGUGACCCCAGUGGCCCCUGCGGGGUUGGGGUCUGCAGGGCAGAGCCUGGGGCCCCUCCUUGGGGAGCCCUGGAUGAGGUUCCAAGCAGAGUUUCAUGGUGCCAGGCGGAGGGAUGGGACACUGGGCUUGUCCCAGGGCUGAGAGGAGCCAGAGAGGGCAGGAGGGUGGGCAGGGGGCCAGCUGGGCGCUGGAAGGGCGUCCAGCCAGGCAGCGAGCACAGGUCCCGGGGCCACAGGGCCUCCUGGCUGUGGGUGAAGAACGUGUGGACACAGACAAAUAAAAUCUUCUCUUCUUCCUU